UUGAACGUCAAAACCUGGCACGGCGUCGGCGCGUGGACGUGGGGCGCCGGCGACGUCGGUGACGUGUGUGGCAUAUGUCGCAUCGCCUUCGACGGGUGCCCGCCGGACGCGAAGUUCCCAGGGGACGAUUCUCCGGUGGUGUGGGGAAAGUGCGGGCACGCGUUUCAUUUGCAGUGCAUCACGAAGUGGUUGAGCGGGGCCAACGCGGAGGCGCCGAGGUGUCCGAUUUGCCGAGGAGCGUGGGAGUUUAAGGAA